AUGUCGAUUUGGAACGACUAUGAACUUCUGUCGCUGCAACUUUGCGCUGCGUCUAUCAAGGAUGUUCGCAAGAUUGGCGGCGGGGGCUACGCCACUGUGUGGCUAGUUCGCUACCGAAACCUUCAACUUCUCGCCUCCAAGCGGCUUCGAUCCGAUAAUUACACGCAGAAGACCACUGCGGCCUUCGUGGAGGAGAUUAAACUCAUGGCCAACUUCGCUCACCCGAAUAUUGUCAAGCUUAUUGGAGCGGCGUGGACAACUGAAAGCGACCUGCAGAUGUUGUUGGAGUAUAUGGACGGUGGAGAUCUCCGGAGAUAUUUAUCAGACGCGAGUACGCCUACUGGCUGGACGUGCCAUAAGUUCGGCUUUGCCAUUGGAAUUAUUGAAGUGCUCGUGUAUCUUCACUCGUUCGUGCCCCCGCUGCUACAUCGCGAUCUCAAGUCGAAGAACGUGUUGCUAUCUUCGGAUUUCACGGCCAAAUUGAGCGACUUUGGCAGGUCUCGCUUCUGUUCAGACGAUAGUGCUAUGACCCAAGGAGUGGGCACGAGCCGAUGGUUAGCUCCCGAGGUGAUUCGUGGUGACAGCGACUAUGGAUGCCCCGCCGAUAUCUACAGUUUCGGCGUGUUGCUCACGAAGAUCGACACGAACAAAAUCCCAUACAGCAACGCGCGGGGCCGCAACGGCAAGCUUCUGUCGGAUGAUACUAUCAUGCAGCGCGUUGGCGCUGUUGAGCUGUGGGCUGAACGUGCCGCUCCGUUUACCUACAAAAACUUCGUGUCGUCCGGCCACUUCGACUAUGACCACGACAGCAUUGGCGUUCACGCUCGCGAUCUCGACUACGAAUUCGGCGGCGAGCUGCACGCGCAGUCUCGGCAGUCGUCACCGACUUGCGGCACGAUUCGAUCCGUUUGCUUUGACACCUGCGAGAUCGGGUUGCUCGACUUGUACAACUACGACUUCAGCAGCGGGCUGUACGUGCAGUUCCGUUCGCUUUUGACGACUACCAACUCGUCGAACGUUACGCUCUCAAGUCUCCCUCCACCUCCAACAAUCGUCAAGAUGCGCCUCGCUCAAGUUGUGGUCGUCAUCGCUGCUUCCUUCCUGGUUGCCACUGACGCUCUUUCGACCACGAACGCAAACCAGGCCAAGAUCAUCAAAGGAACGUCGCCCGGUGGCCACAGCCCACGACUUCUGAGGGCCUACCAACCUGAUGAUGAAGGCGAUUCCCCCGAAGAUAGGACGCUGUCGAAAGCUCAGGUGACAAAAAUCCUUAACAAACUAGGCAAAGAUGUCACCUGGGACCACGUCAUGCGGAACCCGGCUUUGUUCCAAAGAUACCAGAAGAAGGCUAACAAGAUCAUUGAGAAGCAAAAGGCAGCAGCGAAAAACGCGUAG